AUGAAAGGACUUUGUUUUUCUGACGAAAAUCAAUUAGAAAUAACUGAAGUUGAAAAACCAAAAAUCACUCAUGAGACUGAUGCCGUUGUCAAAAUAACAUUUGCAUCAAUUUGCAGUAGUGAUAUCCAUAUUUUAAAAGGAAAAGUACCAAGAGCUAAAAAAGGUGUUAUUUUAGGUCAUGAAGGAGUUGGAGAAGUUGUUGAAAUUGGAAAAAGUGUUAAGAAAAUUAAAGUUGGUGAUCACGUUUCAAUCAACUGUAUUACUUUUUGUGGUAAUUGUUGGUUUUGCCAACAUGGAUAUAUUAAUAAUUGUGAGUAUGGUGGAUGGGAAAUUGGUUGUAGAGAAAAUGGAACAAUGGCAGAGUACGUAAGAAUUCCAUUUGCUGAUUCAAGUUUAAAUGUUAUUCCAAAAGAAGUAAAAGAUGAACAAUGUUUAUUAGUUGGUGAUGUUCUUUCAAGUGGGUAUUUUGGAGUUGAAUUAGGAGAAGUUAAAGAAGGAGAUAUUGUUACUGUUAUAGGUUGUGGUCCUGUUGGUUUAUGUUCAAUGCUUUGUUGUAAAAUGAAAAAGGCUAAAGUUAUUGCUUUAGAUAUCAACACUCAAUGUUUAGAAUACGCACAAAAAUUACAUUGUUGUGAUUGGAGUUUUAAUCCACAUAAUUGUGAUAUUGUCAAUGAGAUUCUCAGUAUUACUAAUAAUAGGGGAUGUGAUUGUACAAUAGAAAAUGCUGGAACAAAUGAAUCUUUUGAGUUGUCAUGGAAAUUAACUCGACCAAAUGGAAUUGUUGCUUUAGUAGCUAUGUAUGAGUCAAACCAGUCAUUUCCAUUACCUUUGAUGUAUGGUAAAAAUCUUAUUUUUAAAACUGGUGGAGUUGAUGCAAUUCAUUGUGAUGAGUUAAUUGAGAAAAUUAAAAACAAAAAAAUUGACACUAUGCCAUUACUUACUCAAAGAUUCACUUUUGAUCAAAUUAUAAAUGCAUUCGACUUCUUUCAAAAUAAACCAACUCAUUGCGUCAAAGUUGUUAUUCAAUUUUAA